AUGCGCAGACGAUUUAAGAAUAUGAACGCUCCCCUGGAAGCUAAAGAAAACGAGAGUAGAUACACCAAAGAGAAGGAAGAGGCCUCGUUCCCUGAUCUGUCAAAAGACCAGAAGACUUGCAGAGUGUCUAAAUCAAAAGUUAUAAAAGCAUCCACGAAGGAGAAUUUAAGGGAUGGGAACCAGGUGCAGUUGCAAAAAUGCGACCUGACAUACAGCAAAGGCCUCGAGGAGGCCUCGUACCACAACAAGGAGGAUGUUGUUAGCUGUCAGUUUACUGAAUGCUUUUUUGAUACUCCAAAACGGGAUGUGGUUGGUGAACCUACCUUGCCUUUGAACAGCAAGGAAAAUUUUUCAAGACCACCUGUUUCUCUGGGGGAUGAAUGCUACUUGACACCUAAUAGGGACAAAGCAGAAGAAAAAUCUGAUUCUGAAAUAGCAGAGAAACAGAGGAAAAAACAUGUUGAUUUUGCAAAUGUAACAAUUGCUGAAUUUGGGAUUACUCAAGAAAGUUUUACUAAACCAUCUACAGGGAAGACUCCGACUUCAUUAAAAUUUAGACGAAGAUCAACAAUUGGAAUACGGGGGUCACCAGAGAAUAACACCCUUAUCCAAUACCUUGCCCAACAGAGAAGCAACAGGCAAAAAGAAGGUUUUACACAGCAGGUUAGUCCUUUUAGAUAUGAAAAUGUCAGGUCGUUGAAGGACAAAAUAGAUGCCUUUCAAACAUCUUUCGCCUCAGUGCAAGAAACUGAAGGGGAGGCUGGCUUCUCUGGACUGUCCCAAGUGGAUGCUUCCCAGGAAAGAGGCUCGUCUCAGAACAAAGUACCUUUUACAAAAGAGUGGAACCUGGAUCAGUGGAGUGAAAAGUUCAUGUCAGACAACAGUGGAGCUGAUUUGAAAGAAAAUUCAAGACAAAAUUUGACCAGCAGCAGUGAGCCUGAUACCAGGACCUGCACCGCCUUGUCUUUAGGCCAAGAUGUGACUGUCGCCGAACCUGUUGCUGCUGUUUCAAAGGAAUGGAUUUAUGAGCAACACAAUCCUACUGAGUCGUUGGAGGCUGUCGUUGGAGGCCAUGAUUUAAGUUCUGACCACACCACUAAAGAUGUGAGCAGUAAUGUUGUAUCAGAUCUAAGCAGGAAGAAAGUUAGUUUUGCAGAAGAACUGAGCCUGGGAAUAUUUGAUGGAAGCAAGCCACCUCUCACACCACCUGUCACACCACUAAGAACGGGAAAUAUUCCAUUAAAUGAACAUACACAGAGUGGCUCCCAGCUAAGAUCUGUAUUGAAGAAAACGCCGACGAAGCAAUUAAUGGAUAGCAUGAAGGAAUACUCAGACGAUGCAGUUGACAGAGGAGGAGGUGAAUCUCUCGCGCUCUCCAGUUGUGCAAAAGUCUUUGAAGCAUUGCAAACAGAGACAACUGAAAGACAUAGCUCUGAAAAGCCAAAGAGGAAAAGGGUUACUUUUGGAGAAGUUCUAAGCCCAGAAAUAUUUGAUGAAUCUUUGCCUGCAAACACUCCAUUGCACAAAGGAGCAACGCCAGUCCAUCAUCCAGGAUUACAAAGGAGUAGUCCUUUUGCAGGGUCAAGUCUCAUUGAAGAACCAUUACCCCAGCUGAAUUUUGAUUGCAGUGACGAAUAUGUUGAGCCUCUUCAAGAGUUAGUGGAGGGUCCUGUUGCUGCAGAAGACCUCUCACCUGUUGAAAAUGCAGAAGCAGAAACUGACAAAUCUGAUAUGAUAAAAGCUCGUUCUACUAGAAGGAAGUGUAGCACAGUUUCAGAGGGGACUGAUGAUGUUAGCAUCUCAGGAGCCACAAGUACUAAGACUGCUAAAGAUACUAAAAAUCCAAGAAAGAAAAAGUUUCAAAGACAGAAGAAUGUAACCGCAUCUGCUGCCAAAAAUAUACAAAAAGCAAAACAAACAAGCUAUGGGAAAAGAAGAAAGAAAAAAGUAAAAAAAUCUUUAUAUGGCAAAAGAGAAAUGGCUUCAAAGAAACCUCUUCUCAGCCCUAUCCCUGAAAUUCCAGAGGUUUUGUCUUCUGUCUCAUCUCCAAACUCACCGAAGGCAAAUACACUUUUUUCAGAGGAUGCACUUUUAGAGAAUACCAAAUUCAGGAAUGCUCACAAGGAUGUUCAACAGAAGCCAGUGGUUGGAAGAUCGAGAGGGAAGAACACCUGUGCAGCUCAUCCGUGUUCAAGCUCUGAGGACCUGGACGUCACAGAAGCCAGCAGCUCCGCUGAUACAGCAGUGCAGGUGUCAGAUGGUGAUCUGAAAUCUGUUUCUGGCAUUGAUCGUAAGUUUUCAAACGUUGUGCCUGAUGCCAAGUGUGGUUUUGAUACAUCUGACUAUUUCCAGCAAGGUAAAGAGGCUGCAUAUGGAACAGAGACAAAUGAAGGUGGUUCCUUGAUAGAAAACAAGAAAUUACAAGGAAAUCUCCGAAAUAAGGCAGAGCAGCUAACAGGGCUAGAACUUCUGGAACAACAGGACACUAGUGUACAUGAGGGUGCCCAAAGAACUCAACGUCCACGAAGAGAUUCUGUAAGAGGUAGUCCACCAAGAAGAGGAAGGAGAAGAAGUAGUGCCAUCUAUUUUCCUCCUGUUGAAAAAUUGGAAAUAACUGGAAACAGUCUUCCAGUUUCUUCUUUUAAUGUGGAAGAAGUCUUAUGUGUUCCUCAUCUCAAAAAUGACUCCUUAGACCCUUUUAGAAGAAAGAGCGAUAACAGUGAAAAAAGAGUGAGACGCAGCAUGAGAUUACACAAAGGUGCAGAAAUUGAAGGACUUGCAUGGAUUCAAGUACCCAAUGUGGUUCAAAAGAACCCUCCCCUGAUAGCUGCUGAUUGCAAAAUCAGGAGAACAAUAAGCACAUCCAUCCUUACAGAAUCUGAGAAUAUUCACCAUACAGAACAAAAUCUCAUCCAGUUUUCAGCACCAGGGAAGGAGAACAAUGACUCUGAUCUUGCUGAUGGUCCUUGCAAAAGAUGGAGGAGGAAAACCAUGUGUGUAUCCGUACCUCAAGAAACAAGAACUUGGUCUCAAACCCGGAGAAGGAGCAUAUCUAAUUCUGUAUAUAGGAAGGACAGAGGUAACCAAAAACACUAUGAUGAAGCAGAAAUACCUCUUGAAAAUAACUAA